CUCUCUCUUUCUCAGUAACAGUGUCAGUCCCAAGCUCACGCUUCUUCUUUCAGAUCUACUCUCACGCUCUCUUAUUCGAAGCUUCGAAUCCUCGCAAUAGAGAGAUCAAACCCUAGCUAUGUGAAGUGGGAUCGAGCUCCGAGAUGUGGCAACCGCUCCCUAUGAUCGGGGUCCCGGUCGCCGGGCCCGGGGCGGAGAGGGGCGCGGGAACUCUUUUUGCGGCCGCCGCCGGGGGCGUCCGGAACCGGGACCAUUCGGUGGACGAGUCGAGCGUCACGGAGAGUAGUGGCGGGAGCCGCGGGGCCGCGCGGCGGCGGCGGAGGGACUCCGCGGCGGCGGAGGGCGAGUCGCCGAAGCUCGCCUCGGCGACGAGCGGCGGCGGCAAUGGCUUGACUAAUUCUGAAGGAAAACGGCUCAAGGGCGUAAACUCUGUUGAUAAUAAUGUCAAUGUGAAAGGUGCCGCUGAAGCAAGUUCUGGAAUGGCUAAUAAGCAGAUGGAUCAAAUCGCUCCACCGCCUGAGCCACCCAAGCAAGAUUACAUCCACGUCAGGGCGAGAAGGGGGCAAGCAACAGAUAGUCAUAGUCUUGCAGAAAGAGCAAGGAGAGAAAAAAUAAGUGAACGGAUGAAAACUCUCCAAGAUCUAGUCCCUGGAUGCAAUAAGGUGAUUGGUAAAGCAUCAGUUCUGGAUGAAAUAAUCAAUUACAUUCAGGCCUUACAAUGCCAGGUUGAGUUUUUGUCGAUGAAGCUAGAAGCAGUCAAUUCAAGCAUGGACACCGGCAUUGAAGCAUUCCCGCCAAAAGAUUUCGGCCCUCAAACAUUCAAUGCUUCUUCUAGUUUGCCAUUUAGCCUAGAGACACCAAGGGAGUAUGGACAGGGUUCGGCAACGGAAUGGCUUCAUAUGCAGGUUGGUGGUGCUCUUGAUAGAGUGACAUAACCGUAGAAGAAAAUCCCCAUUCAUGUGAAAUAAGAAUUGCAUACCAGGAUAACUCAACUCCAUGGUUGUAGGGUCUUGUAUUUCAAAAUCACUCCAAAGUUCUUUUGUUCAGAAGGUGAUUUUAUUUCUAUUUUGGAGCUUUUCUGUUCAUUUUGCCACGCCUUUUAAGGAAUUAGCUGCUUACUUUCCUCUUGCCAUUUGGAGUGUCUAAUAUAUUCGCUCAAACCGGAUUAUGCGACAACUUUUAGGUUAAAUAUCGAAAACCAUCCCUGCACUUUCCUUCCUAUUUCA